AUGGAGUACCGCAAAAGCGUCCGAAGUGCUUUACGUCCCCGGACAUUGUUUGCCUCCGCGUAUCCAGUGCUUAUGGUUGUUAGUCUUGUGCAUAAAUCGCACAGUAUCUCAUUGAUACAGCUGGACGUCCUUACCGUUCUGGGCUGCGCUAUAGUGACACAAUUGCUCUGGAAUCUUAACACCAUAUAUAGUAAUUUUCAACGUACGCUGCAGCCGAAAAACAGUGGAACCACCGACGCCAAGAUUGUUUUAAAUCUACUUUCGCUGACUCAAGUCCGCCGUUGGUCGUAUCUGUUUUUGAGCUUUCAAUUGAUGUUAAUAGGAUUGACACACAUCAUCUGUGCCAAAGAAAGCAAAGUGACUGGAUGCAUAAUUGCAUUAGUAAUUUUGGCAUUUAUUUGCUGUCGACGUGGUGAUAUGCCGUUGCCAAUUGUGGGACUAAGGGAAGCUGUGAUAGCCUGGGCAGCAGGGCCAGUCUCAAUGCUCAGUACAUCGUAUUAUCUUGUAACAGAAGUACCGUGGAGUGUUGUGCUGUACGCGUAUAUUGUUAUGCAUUUUACUUGGGCAUUUUUGCUUUUGAAAAGUGCUACAGACGCACCGUUUGCUCGACGUAUGGGACAACCGGAUACGUCACUAGCGCUGAGACUCGGUUUUAAAUUGACCUUUCAAGGAUUUCUUCUAACAAUGGUUUUGUUCUAUGGAAUUAUUUCAGUCACGGGGCUCGCUUUUGGGCAUUUGGGAAACUUCUUCCUUUUGGCAACAAUUGUCAAGCUUAAGGAUAUCAGUGAGGAUUUCCGACUCGAGAGACUUCAUCACCUGCCUGAUCAACUUGCUAAACUCGCGGUAGUAUUGGGAGCAGGAUUAAUAAUUUCAAUACUUACUGGACUAGCCUAA